CGUAUAUCGUACAUUCGCCCAGUGAAAACAGUUUAAUAAAGCCAGGAAUCUAAUCUCCCUGUGGUUUGAAAUGACUUCUUGAUUAUUGAUAACUCCGUAUAGUUUCUGCCAAAGCGCGGCGUGUUUUAGCUCCGAGCUUCCUCCGCCAAAAAUUGGACCUCGGCACAACAAACAACCUUGACCUGACCUUGCGCCCAACAAAAAAACCCGGCGGUUCCUGGGAUCGUGAACCCUGCCCGCCCUUGUUCGCCCGCCGCUGCGAAAGACACCGGAGCUGGCGCUUGAUUGCUGUCUGCAAAGCUGAAUUCACACCGGCCGGCGCUGCAUGCUGGAUAGAUUAGUACUGGGUAACUAGUACUGGAACCUGGAACUACUCCGUACUGUUGACAAUAAUCAGCUCGCCGCCCGCGCUGCUGCAUCCGGUCCGCCUGGGUUGUUGUUUUUCUUUCAGCUUGUUGAGCCCAUCUAGUUAUAUCUAGGGGUUGGGUGCUGAAAGGGAAAACGGUCUGGUCUUUGCCCCGCCGGCCUCUGGGGAGUUCUUUGCCCGUUUAUGCUGCCAAAUAUGGUUCCGUCCCGCUCUCGUCCUGUUUUUUCUUCAGGCAACCUCAUUUUCCUUAUCUCUCCGUCAAAGCAGCGCGUGUCCUUCCCUGUCUCUCUUUAUUCUUCUUCUUCUUCCGGGGCUUCCUUGUUCCGCUCGCUUUUUGUAGCCCGGCUGUCCCAUCCGUCAUCAUAUAGACCGUAUUCAGUCCAGACAACCGGCCCACUUUCUCCCCAGCCGCCGCAUCCUCCUUUUCCUUCCCCUCCUUCAUUCAAAAAGCCCUCGAUACUCCGCCGUCUCCUAGGCUUUACCGCAAUCGCCGUAUUCUCCUUCACCGUUGGAAUUUCACUUAGCCCCGGCGUAUCCAACAUGGUCCAGAUCGCUACCCAAAUCCGCACCGACGACGAAUCUAUCUACAUAGCCCCCGACGAUAUCCUGCGAGAUAUCGAUGCCUUCAUCCACAACCACCCUCUAGCCCACUCCCUGCGAACGGAUGAGCGCUUCACCGAGUCGCGACCCCACCUCAAGAUUCCAGCGGAAUUGCGCGCCCAUAACCUCACCGCGGGAACUCUGGCAGGGGCCAAGAAAAUCGCUGUACCCCCUUACGCCUGGACAGAGGCGGGCGGCAAAAGCCUUGUCUCCAUCUUAUAUCUGGGUUCGGACGUCUCUGGUCACCCGGGUAUUGUGCACGGCGGACUACUUGCUACUAUUCUCGACGAAUCUCUUGCCAGGUGCUGUUUCCCCGCUCUGCCCAAUGGCAUUGGCGUCACCGCGAAUUUGAACAUAGACUACCGCAGCCCGGCGCCGGCGGGGUCGUUUUUCGUUGUCCGCGCUGAGACGGUGAAGGUUGAAGGGCGCAAGGCGUGGGUUGAGGGGCGGAUUGAGACGCUGCCUGAUGAAGGGCGGGAACCUGUUGUCGUAGCCGAGGCGAAGGCGUUGUUUAUUGAGCCGAAGAAUGCUGCUUCUCUUCCACGACUUUAUAAAGCAACAUAAACACUGAUGGUUGCUUUUUUUGUGCAUUUCCUUUCCACCAUGAUAGAUUUUGUUGAUCUGUCUGUCUUGAUACACGGAAGGCUUUUCAAAAGAUUGCAGUUAGAUAUAGCCGCCACAUUUUUUGCUGCCUUGUUUUCUCCCCGCUGAAAGAGGGCGUUGAUAUGCAUUAGACUACUGUUUUGUCAUCGUUGCUUUCUACUUCCUACCUUUUUUU